AUGAAGGAGCUAAGGGACAGCAGACUGCCAAGGCGAAGCUGUCCUCCAGCCAUGGCCCUGUGCCUGGCAUCACUGCUGGCCUUGCUCUCGGCCGGGCAGGGCAGCAUGGGGAAUCAGGAAGUCUCCGACAUCCAAGGCUGCAAGCAGGCACUGAACGUGUCGGUGCUGGGGGCACUGCCUGGAGGCGGCUGGGACAACCUGCGCAACGUGGAGCUGGGGCUGGUGCUGGGGCGCAGCUACUCGCAGUGCCGCACCACGGAGGACGGUGAGUACCUGAUCCCAGACCAAGUGCACGUGGUGCCACGGCGCGAGAGCGUGGUGGAGACCCGCGCCGAGCUCCUGGACGAGUGGCUCAGCUACACCGACACCUGGGCGGCCUCCAUCAACGCCGAGCUCUCCUUCCUCCCCAGCCUCAAUGGUAAGUUCUCCGUGGACUUCCAGGACGUCAAGAAGUACAACCUAGAGUACGAGACAGUCACGGCCAGAGUGCAGCUCCGCCACAACAUCUACUCUGUGAAGGCCUCGGAGGCCCCCGGCUUCCACCCCGACUUUCUGCAGCAUCUGCUGAUCCUCAGCGACCACCUGGAGAACAACCAGACCCGCGAGGCCCAGUACCUGGCGGAGAUGCUUGUGCUCAAGUACGGCACGCACGUCCUCACCCACGUGGAGGCCGGCGCCACCUUGGUGCAGGAGGACCAGGUAAAGCGGGAAUUUGUGGGCAAUCAGGCCGGAGAGAGGAGCAACAUCACACUGGCCGCCUCGGCCUUGUUUGACCGCACGGUCAAUGUCGGGGCCGCGGCCUCCUGGCAGGAGCAGAGCCAGUUCAUCCAGGACUACAUGCGCAACACGGUGGCCUCCAAGACGCGCAGCCACGGCGGGCUGCCCUUCUACCCGGGCAUCACCAUGCAGACGUGGCAGAAGGGCAUCGGCAACCGGCUGGUGGCCAUCAGCAGGUCCGGCCUGCCCCUGCCCGCGCUGCUGGAGCCCAAGGCGCUGCCCGAGCUCCCGGCGCCCGCGGUGUACCGAGUGGCGGCCGCCGUGCGCAGCGCCAUCUAUCGCUACUACGCGGUCAACGCGCACCCUGGCUGCCUGAGGCGCGAGGCGCCCGCCUUCAAUCCCAAGGCCAACGUGGACGAUGGCUCAUGCUCCGGCGGCGGCGGCGGAGCCAACUACAGCUUCGGGGGCGUCUUCCAGGAGUGCGAGGCUGUGUCGGGAAAGGACGCGGAUGACCUCUGCCAGAACUAUCGCACCGCGAACCCGCUCACCGGCAACGCCUCUUGCCCGGCCAACUACAAGGCCAGCGUCCUGAACAGCGAGCUGAAGACAUCAAGCAAGACCCACUCUGUGUGCCAGCAGCAGUGCCAGACGUGCUGGCUCUUCUUCUCCUGCUGCCAGCCCGUGUGCACCUUCCGGGAGCAGCGCAGCGUGGUGCGCCUGGCCGCCUCCUGGUGCGCGCCCACCCAGGCCUCCCUGCCCGCCACGGUAGGCUUCCUCUUUGGAGGUCUCUAUAGCCCCAACCACCCAAACCCGCUCACUAAGGGCCAGACCUGCCCCUCCUACUUCUACCCACUCACACUCUUUGGCGACCUCAGGGUGUGUGUCAGCAGCGACUUAGAGAUGGGGACCGCCCAGGCUGUUCCCUUUGGGGGUUUCUUCAGCUGCCAGGUGGGCAACCCUUUGGCUGGCCUCAUGAAGGGCCAGAGCGCUGGGCUCCUGCAGGAGAUGUUCUACCAGGACCGUCCCACAGCCCACCCCAUGAAGUGUCCAGAAGGGUACAGCCAACACCAGGCUUACCUCAGCGAUGGGUGCCAAAUCCUCUAUUGCCUCAGGGCUGGGACCCUCUUGGACCAGGAGCAGGAAGCUAUCCGCAUGCCCCCAUUUCUUCCCCGCCCCCUCUUGCUCAACAACAGCAGCUGCUCCCAGAGGCUCUCUGUCCUGGUGGACUCCAGUGGUCAGCAGGUCUGGGUGAGGCAGAAAGGCUGCGGCCGUUGGCGGCAGGCCAACAUCAAUGACCAGUCUCUGCCAGCCACCCCUGCCUCCGGGCCCAGUGUCGGGGCCAUUGUUGGUGCCUGCCUGGGGACCAUAGUGGGUGUGGUGGCUGUUGCUCUGGGGGUAAGCUAUGCCUUCAGGUACUACAAGAAAAAGGUCUACGGAAAAAUACAGGGUAGCACCCUGACCCGGGAGCAGACUGCUUACGGGGCCACUGAAACCACUGUAGUCCCCAGCUCUGUCUGAAUGCACAGGCAACAGAAAAAAAAACAA